AUGCCUGCAGAACUCCAAAACGGGCUGCCUGCCCACGGUACCAAUGGUGUCAACGGCAACGCGACGGAGCUCUCAAAUCCCACACCUGCACACCCAGCGUUCGACUCGAUACCAGAUGUCAUACAAGCCUUCGCAAACGACGAAUUCGUGAUCGUCCUUGACUCACCCUCGCGCGAAAACGAAGGCGACCUGAUAAUCGCAGCCGAAGCCCUCACCCCCUCAAAAGCCUCCUUUCUGAUCCGCUACUCAAGCGGCUACAUCUGCGCGCCCCUCCCCGUUUCCCGUGCCGCCGCCCUGCACCUCCCGCAAAUGGUCGCCGACAACGCCGACCCCAACCGCACCGCCUACGCCGUCAGCAUUGACUCGUCCGACGCGUCCGUCACAACCGGCAUCUCAGCGACCGACCGCAGCUUAACAUGCCGCAUGCUCGCCGACCCCAGCGCCAAAGCCAGCCAUUUCAGGAGACCGGGUCAUAUAUUGCCGUUGCAGGCGCGGGAUGGUGGUGUGCGUGAAAGGAGGGGGCAUACAGAGGCGGCGGUGGAUCUGUGCCGGUUGGCGGGCAAGCAACCUGUUGGUGUUAUUUGCGAGUUGAUUACCGAUGGCGACGAGGUGCCUGGUAAGCCGGAGUUGAUUGGUGGAGGCAUGAUGAGGAGGGACGACUGUUUGGCUUUCGGCAAGAAGUGGGGGAUUAAGGUGUGUACGAUUGAUGACAUGGUGAGGUAUAUUGAGGAGAAUGAUGGGGUCUUGGGCACGUCCUCAUAG